AUGCCUCGUCGAAAAUCCCAAGAUGACACGCUUGCGUCGAACCCCCCGUCGCCGCCCUCCUACACCCCUGCGCCUGUUAAGCGCAAGCGUGGGCGUCCGUCGCGGGCCGCCAUAGAGGAGCGCAAUCGCCUCUCGACACCGCGCGGCGGUAGCAAUGCCGAUGGCGGGGACCUCGACGAUACCGGCUCGGACGCGGGCAAUCACCAUCCGACGCCGUCGUACAGCACUCGCGGGAAGCGGCGGGGGCGUCCGCCGGCGCCCGGGAAGGGGAGGAUCAGUAGGGGCGGGCCGAGCCACUACACGCAGGUGCCGCUGGACAAGGAUGGGAAUGCGCAGAGCGUGUUUAACGACGAGAUCGUGCUCGACGAGGACCCGCUGGGGCAGCAGAAGGUCGACGAGAACGGGUACCUCCAGGGCGGCCGCGAGUACCGCUGCAGGACCUUCACCAUCACGGGUCGCGGCGACAGACUGUACAUGUUGUCGACGGAGCCGGCGCGCUGCAUCGGCUUCCGCGACUCCUACCUCUUCUUCCAGAAGCACAAGCAGCUCUUCAAGAUCAUCACCGAGCCGAACGAGAAGUACGACCUGAUCGGCCGGAACUUGAUCCCGCACUCGUACAAGGGCCGCGCGAUCGGCGUGGUCACCGCGCGCUCCGUGUUCCGCGAGUUCGGCGCGCGCAUCAUCGUCGGCGGCCAGCGGAUCAUCGACGACUUUUGGGAAACGCGAGCGCGGGAGGAAGGCGCGAUCGAGGGGGAGAUCGCCGAUCCGGAGGACAAGCUCCCCGGCCCGGGCGAGGAAUACAACCGCAACCAGUACGUGGCGUGGCACGGCGCAUCGAGCGUCUACCACACGGGCCAGCCCAGCGUUCCCACCCAGAGCGCUGCCCAGCAGCAGCAGAAACGAAAGAAGAUCAUCAUCACAGAUAUCAACUGGAUGGCGGCGCACGCGCAGGCCUCGCAAACGUUCAACCACACCCUUCGCGUCUUCCGCCACAAUAAUGUCCCCGAGUUUGGCGUCUACGAACCACACUCGAACCAGAUGCACUUCCCGCGGGACACGCAGCCGACCCUGGUCCGCUGGGCGCGCGUCGUCGACACUAAGGUCACCCCCGACACUAUCGUCGUCGACGAGGUGCUCGAGACCAGGCCGUGGGUCGGACACGGUCUCGGCGCUACUGUCGGUGAGCUCACGGACGGCUUCGGGGACUGGGAUGACAGCUUCAUUGAUGCGCUCGAGACGGAGGAGGAGAAGGAGGCCGUCAGAGCGCAGAUGGCUAUGGAGGUGAAGUGGGCGCAGGUCUGGGGUUGA